AUAAGAUAUUUUGCGUAAUUAGUCGCAUUAACAAUGCAGACCGCACUGCAUUUUUGUGGGGCUAAAAUAGCUUGGCCUUUAUCUUGGGCUUCCGGUGGGUGUUGUCUGAGUUAUCAACCUGUUCUGUCUGAGAAGCUUUCUUUUGCAGCUUGUGUGACUUAUACUGGGGCUUUGAACUCUAGUCUAAAAAAGUCAUCAAUUUCUAUAAGUAAUAGAGUAUCAUUAAGAGUGAAAUCAAGUAGUUGUGAUGGAGGAAGAAUUGUGGAUGUAAUUGAAAAGAAUGAGAUUGAGAGUCAAAGUUUCCAAGGAAACGAAAAGCGGUUGUCAUGUGUGAUGAAGUUUGGAGGAUCAUCUGUGGCAUCUGCAGAGAGGAUGAGAGAGGUGGCUGAUCUUAUACUCAGUUUUCCCAAGGAGAGGCCUGUCAUUGUUCUCUCCGCUAUGGGGAAGACAACUAACAAACUCUUACAGGCUGGAGAAAAGGCUGCUAGUUGCGGUAUUACCAACUUAUCUACUAUUGAUGAAUUCAGCUCUAUCAAAGAAUUGCAUCUCAGGACCGUGGAUGUUCUUGGAGUAGAUAGAUCUAUCAUUGCAUCACACUUAGAAGAGUUGGAGCAACUUCUGAAGGGAAUUGCAAUAGAUAAAGAGUUGAAUCUAAGAACAAGAGACUACUUGGUUUCUUUUGGGGAGUGCAUGUGCACAAGAAUUUUUGCAGGUUAUUUAAACAAGAUUGGAGUUAAAGCCUGCCAGUAUGAUGCUUUUGAAAUUGGUUUUAUGACCACAGAUGACUUCACAAAUGCUGUUAUUUUGGAGGAAACUUAUCCGACUGUUGCAAAGAGAAUCAACGAUGAUUGGAUUUGUAAUUCUGCAGUUCCAAUUGUUACUGGUUUCCUUGGAAAGGGCUUCAGGUCAGGUGCAGUGACUACACUAGGCAGGGGUGGUAGUGAUUUGACGGCCACAGCCAUCGGUAAAGCAUUAGAGGUCCGAGAAAUUCAGGUUUGGAAAGAUGUUGAUGGUAUUUUAACGUGUGAUCCAAAUACAUAUCCAAGCGCUAAACUUGUCCCUCAUCUGAUCUUUUAUGAGGCUGUGGAACUUGCAAAUUCUGGUGCUCAGGUAUUGCAUCCAGAGGCGAUGAGACCAGCUAUGGAGGCUGACAUUCCUAUUAGGGUUAAAAACUCUUUCAAUCCCAACGCUCCAGGAACUCUCAUUGCCCGGACAAGGGAUAUGAGCGAGGCAGUACUAACCGGCAUUGUUUUGAAACGGAAUGUGACUAUGUUGGACAUUGUUAGCACUCGGAUGCUUGGUCAAGUGGGCUUCCUUGCUAAAGUAUCUUCAACCUUUGAAGAUUUGGGCAUAUCCGUGGAUUCUAUAGCUACCACUGAAGUCAGUAUAUCUUUGACAUUAGAUCCCUCAAAGCUUUGGAGCAGAGAGCUAUUUCAACAGGAACUUGACCAUGUUGUUGAAGAACUGGAGAAAAUUGCUGUUGUGAAACUUAAAAACAGAACAAUCUUAUCCCUCGUUGGAAAUGCGCAGAGGUCAUCACUAAUACUAGAAAAGGCAUUCCAUGUUCUUGGAACUAAUGGAAUCAAUGUUAAGAUGAUCUCUCAGGGUGAAUCAAAGGAUAACAUUGCUAACAUCUCCUUGAUUAUCAACGACGAUGAAGCAGAGCAGUGUGUUGCGGCUCUCCACCAGGCCUUCUUUGAGGGCCCAGCGUCUCUGAACUGAAAAAAUCAAAGAAUGCUUCAGUUUCAGCACAAUAGGAGAAGGAUAUCAAAUUCUUUAAUGGUGGUGGUGGUGGUGUAGUACUAAUCUAAUUUAAUACAGCAUGGUGAUUUUUGGUUUUGACUUUUUAUUUUUAUUCAGUGGAGAAGUUCCCCACAUCGUGCUCUCUUAUUUGUUGGAUUAGAAGCAUAGAAUGUGGGAUUGUUGCUCAUGCUUUUAUAUUGGAGAAAAUGUUCACUGCUUAGCUUAUAGGCUGGAGUGAAAAAUCUACUAGUCUUUCUUUUUAUUUGCUAAAAUUUGCUGC